AGAGGCUGAGAUCGGGAUUGACGACCAACAUGACAGAACACGAGAGUGACAGAGGAAAAAGAUCAGGCAACUCGGGUCGGGACAACCACGUCGUCGCCGGCUGAUGCUGCAACCUUGCACACAAAGGCAAAAAGACAAGGCAGCAGCCGUCCAGUUCCCGGACUCUCACAAAGCAGCAUGCAUACCUCCGCUAAAGGCGCUUGUUGGCUCUCUGAGAUGCAGGUUCGGCUGUCAACCCAUCAGCGUAUGGUUGGCUAGGCUGCAGUGUCCCCACAACAUGCGAACUGCAAGUCUGCAACCUGCAGGGAGCCAUCCGGCGGGGGGAUUCGGCGCCAACAGCGACAAAAUUCAGGAAACAUGGGGGACCACAGCUUGGCCACAGCUGGUGAGACAAGAUCGGACGGUCGGAGUUGGCCGAUGGCCAAGGGCCAGGGUCUUGGCGCCCACCCCACAGUUCAUCCGGCGCUGUCAGCCCUGUAUCUGCCGAGUGUGGAUCUCGAAGGUGUGUCAGAGUGGUUCCCCCGUCGCCUCCGGUAGCUCUCAAGCUUCUGCAACUUGUUUCCGACCAGCAGCUCCCAAUGGGGAAUAAGAAGUAAGACAAAAAAAGAACGACACAGAGCAAAGCAAAGCUUGAGACAAGAAACCAAAAGAGGAAGAAUGGUGAAAAUGGUUGAGUUGCGCGCUAACAAGCAAACCAGGCUGGCCAGCGUGGAUGUUAGAACUUCUGGUGGGGUCCUGAGUUCUGUUGACUGAGGGGGCGGGGUGCGGGGGGGGGUGGUAACUUAAGGU